AUGGCGACAUCAGAGACCGUGACUGCCGAGGAGCUCGGCGGGGCCAAGGUUCACGGAACAGUGACUGGCCUGGCUGACCACACGGCACUUGACGAAUUUGAUGCCAUUCAGAAGGCGCGGGAAUGGGUUGCCACACUCAACCCACUAGACCCUAGCCACCAAGGAGGCAUGGUUGAAGAGCCACUGCCUCCUCGAUAUCCAGUUGAAGACCUUCUAUCGAUCGUGAACACCGACAUCCGCAAACCCUUCGACAUGAGAGAGGUUUUGUUGCGCAUUGUUGAUGACUCGAGGCUUUCGAUUUUCAAACCAGGCUAUGGUGUCAACAUGCUCACUGCUUGGGCUGAUAUUCUCGGUAAGCCCAUCAACUUACCCUCAAACGUCGACUGCGUCUUUCUCUCCGGUCACUAA